GAGAUCGGGAGUAGCGUUGCUCAGUAACCGAAUCGUUGAGCAGUAGACGAGACGACGCCUUAAAAAUUUUUGCACGUCGUUAUUUUUUAUUUAUUUAUUUUCUUAACUCACGAUGACAUAAUUCCAAAUCGUAGGUAUAUACAGCCAUUCGCAGUCGCCGACCGCAACAACUGCAAUUAGAUAAAAAUAAUUAAGAGAGAAAAUGGGUGUGAAGCGGAAGGAAGACGGAGCGGCAGUAGCGGCGGACGUGGCUCCAACCGAAGACGAUGGGAUCGAACUGAAACCCAAAAUGAGCCUUUUGAACGGUGUCACGGUCAUCGUGGGUAGUAUCAUCGGGUCUGGAAUAUUCAUAUCGCCAACGGGCGUGUUGGAAAACACCGGGUCGGUGAAUGCUUCGUUGAUCGUCUGGGUCUUGUCUGGCGUAUUUUCGAUGGUCGGUGCUUACUGUUACGCGGAACUGGGAUGUAUGAUAUCAAAGUCCGGAGCAGACUACGCGUAUAUCAUGGAGACGUUUGGGCCGUUUAUAGCUUUCAUGCGACUGUGGGUGGAGUGCAUGAUCGUCCGACCGUGUUCGCAAGCCAUCGUCGCCCUCACGUUUAGCCUUUACGUUCUAAAACCCAUGUACACUGACUGCGAUCCACCCGAAGAGUCCACAAGACUGUUAGCCGCUUGUUGUAUAGUGUUAUUGACGUUUAUCAACUGCUGGGAUGUUAAGUGGGCAACACGCGUACAAGACAUUUUCACCUAUGCCAAGUUGUUAGCUCUCAUGGUCAUUAUUACUACGGGAGUUUAUCAGUUAUACUCAGGGCAUACCGAACAUUUUACGUUUGUAAAUACAAAAACUGAAGUUACCUCGAUUGCUCUCUCGUUUUAUUCUGGCCUUUUUGCGUAUAACGGAUGGAAUUAUUUAAACUUCGUGAUUGAAGAAUUAAAGGAUCCUAUACGAAACCUGCCAAGAGCAAUAGCAAUAUCAUGCAUACUAGUCACCGUCGUGUACGUCUUCACUAAUGUAGCUUUUUAUACAACUUUAUCACCACAAGAAGUCCUGACUUCGGAAGCUGUCGCUGUUACGUUUGCGGAAAGACUGUACGGUCCAAUGGCAUGGACGAUUCCUGUGUUUGUUGCUUUAUCUACAUUUGGCGCUGUUAAUGGCAUUUUGCUGACAAGUUCGAGGUUGUUCUAUGCUGGAGCUCUCGAGGGACAAAUGCCACAAAUCCUAACAAUGAUCCAAAUCAAUCGACUGACACCCACGCCAGCAGUAAUAUGCAUUUGCUUGCUGUCUCUGAUAUACUUGCAGAUAUCUAACAUUUACGCUCUUAUUAACUACGUGGGAUUUGCGACAUGGUUAAGCAUCGGUGUGUCAGUUUUGUGUAUACCGUGGCUACGUUUUACUCAACCCGAUUUGAAAAGACCGAUCAAAGUCAAUAUGUUCUUCCCGAUUAUCUACAUCGCUGCUACACUUUUUGUGACUAUAAUACCGAUAAUCGCUAGUCCGGUCGAAACAGGGUACGGAUGUUUAAUGAUAUUGACCAGUAUACCAGUGUAUGGUGUGUUCAUUUUUUGGAAAAACAAACCUAUGAUAUUCCACAAAAUCGUCGGAUGUUUAACACGUUACCUCCAAAUACUACUGAUGGUAACCACGUCAAAAUCGCCGGCCAAAGUUUAAGACACAAACAUUUUAUCAUAAUCAUCACAACAAUACGUCUAUACAACCGUUAACCAACAAUAAUAAAUCCAAUAAAUAAUAAUCAUAAUAAUAAUUAAUAAUAUUAUCUUAAUAUGUUAUGUGAGUU